CCGCCUUUGGACGCGUGUGCCGUGGGUCCGUAUCACUACCCUGGACUAUCCGUAAUCUUGGCUACCCGGCUGAUGCUCCUCCGAUUAUCUCGCCAUCUCCGAGUUCUCUACGAAAAAAAAACACAACAAGCGCCGCAGGCUUAAUUCCGUUUUUCGUCUUAAUUUCGCUGUUUUUCGUUCGAUUCGAUUGGUGUUUUCGGGAAGUAUUCUAUUCGAUUCGAUGCCAUCUAAAAUUAAACGUGUUCCCAAGUUCCUAAAAAUGUGUCAUUCCGCGAUCGUGCGUGUGUGCUAAGCAAUGCAAACAAAUAAAUGAUAAUGAUAAAAAGGCGAUAAACGUUUAAAGCUCCGAACAAGAAAAGAGGUGCAAAAAAGCAAAAAGAAAACCGCAUAUUCGUUUAAUUGCGCAUCGCACGGCGGAGAGAGAGAAAGUGCCCGCGGAGUGCCAGAGUUCAGGAGCGGAGACGCCUCGCUGACAGGUUCCUGCUGACAUCCAUAUUGCAGCCAUCACCAGGUUCGGGCUACCACAUGGCCGACGACGACGAUUUGAGGGCACUGGUCGACAGCCUGGACGACGCCUCGCAGGAGGACCUGGCCAAGGUCAUCGCCAACUUCUCGGUGGACAUGCUGCAGCGGGCCAGCGCCCUAAUUGGCGCCCAGCAGGGGGACAGCGGGGGGCAGCUAAGGAACCGCACGCAGGAGUGUCUGCAGCAGCAGCAGCGGGAGGAGGAGCAGGCGUCCCUGGAGGCCCUCGCAUCUGGUGGCAAGCGGAUUUUACAAUGUCCCAGCUCAUUCGAUUCGGUGCUCUGUUGGCCUCGAACAAAUGCCGGCAGCCUGGCCGUUUUACCCUGUAUCGAGGAAUUCAAGGGCAUUCACUACGACACCACAGAUAAUGCCACUCGCUUUUGCUUUCCGAACGGAACCUGGGAUCACUACUCGGACUAUGAUCGCUGUCAUCAGAACUCAGGUUCCAUACCCUUAGUACCUGACUUCUCGCCCAAUGUCGAACUGCCGGCCAUCAUUUAUGCCUGUGGUUACUUCCUAAGCUUCGCCACCUUGGUGGUGGCCCUCAUCAUAUUCCUCAGCUUCAAAGAUCUGCGUUGCCUGCGAAACACCAUUCAUGCGAAUCUGUUCCUCACCUACAUCACCUCAGCCCUCCUGUGGAUACUCACAUUAUUUCUGCAAGUGAUAACCACAGAGUCUAGUCAGGCUGGCUGCAUAACGCUGGUCAUCAUGUUUCAAUACUUUUAUCUAACCAACUUUUUCUGGAUGUUUGUGGAGGGCCUGUAUCUGUACACGUUGGUGGUGCAAACGUUCUCCAGUGAUAACAUUAGCUUUAUUAUCUACGCCCUGAUAGGAUGGGGCUGUCCGGCUCUAUGCAUUUUGGUGUGGUCCAUUGCCAAGGCUUUUGCCCCGCAUCUCGACAACGAGCACUUCAAUGGGCUGGAAAUUGAUUGCACAUGGAUGCGUGAAUCUCAUAUCGACUGGAUUUUCAAGGUACCUGCCUCACUGGCUCUGCUGGUUAAUCUAGUAUUUCUCAUACGCAUCAUGUGGGUGCUCAUUACUAAAUUACGUUCCGCUCAUACCCUUGAAACGCGGCAGUAUUAUAAGGCCUCGAAGGCGCUGCUUGUGCUGAUACCUCUUUUUGGGAUCACCUAUCUGUUGGUUCUAACUGGCCCCGAACAGGGCAUCAGUCGAAAUCUCUUCGAGGCCAUAAGAGCCUUCCUCCUCAGCACACAGGGUUUCUUCGUUGCUCUGUUCUACUGCUUCCUAAACUCUGAGGUUCGCCAGACGUUAAGGCAUCGAUUCACGAGAUGGCGAGAGAGCAGGAAUAUCCAUCGGAACAGCUCCAUCAAGAAUCGCAGGCAUCGCGCCUCAAAAGACUACUCGCUGCGAUCGCGAACCGAAAGUCUACGACUGACCUCAACAAGUCCUGUACCCACCGGACACUAUGAAUGAACACCACACACAAAAAUGUAUACGACACAGAGAUUUCCCCCCACAUAUGUACAUGUAGAGCAUAUCCUUUUGUCCAUAAGUAUUGCAUGUUAGUUUACACGUUAAGAGCUCAGAUUAAAGUAUUAUAUUUUUUAUAAAC